CACGCAAGGCACGGCCGUUUGCCGAGAAUUAUCUGGCGUGGAAGUAAAAGUAAUGCCGCGUUUUAAUAACACAACUGCCCAAUAUUUACUAAAAUACAAUUUAUUAUUAAUCUUAAGUAAUAUAUCAUUGUUUUAAUUUUCGAAAACUUUUGUGGAAUUCCAUUCAUUAGUGUUGUGGCGCGAAAGACUUAAUUACGGCUUUAAGUUCAUGAAUUGAGAACUUUAUCAUUUAAUUUAAUAAUGGUGCAGAAGAAAACUGUGAAGUGUGCAUAAAUUUAAAAGAUUUUAUUAAUCUAGUUACAAUCUAAGGUGCGAUGCUAGGAUGCUGGACGCUUUAGUUCCAACAAGUGCAGCUAACUGGAGCACAACGUUUGACCACCAAAAUUUCUACGUCACAUUCUACGAUGAGACCGUUGGAGAUUACGUUAAUACGACGCAAAAUGUUACAGAGGUGUACCAGUCGUUCAUUCUCCCCUGGUGGCGCCAGCUACUGUGGACCGUGCUGUUUGCCGGUAUGGUCGUCGUCUCCACCGUGGGUAACCUCGUCGUCAUCUGGAUAGUAUUGGCCAACAAACGUAUGCGCAGCGUCACCAACUAUUUUCUAGUGAAUCUCUCGAUAGCAGACACCAUGAUGUCAACACUAAACGUCACAUUCAACUUUACCUACAUGCUGUACUCCGAUUGGCCCUUUGGAGACUUCUACUGCAGAUUCUGUCAGUUUGUCGCUGUACUGAGCAUAUCAGCUUCCGUUUUCACACUCAUGGCUAUAAGCAUUGAUCGUUACGUGGCCAUAAUGAGUCCACUGCGACCUCGGCUCGGUAAACGGGCAACUCUUGGGAUCGCAGCCAUCAUCUGGGUCGGCAGCUGUAUCAUCAGUAGCCCCAACUUCCUAUACUUCACUACUGAAGUGGACUUACAGGCAGACGGAAGUUUGAGGCGGGUGUGUUAUUCUGACUGGCCUGAUGGAAUUACAACAAGAUCUCAACUAGAAUAUAUGUAUAACAUAAUAUAUAUGCUCCUAACAUACUUUUUACCAAUAAUGUCGAUGACAUAUACAUACGCCAAAGUUGGAAGAGAGCUAUGGGGAUCAAAAUCUAUUGGAGAAUGCACACAGAGACAGUUGGAAAACGUCAAAAGCAAGCGAAGGGUGGUGAAAAUGAUGAUAGUAGUGGUGGUGAUAUUUGCUGUUUGCUGGCUGCCAUUCCAUACAUACUUUUUAGUUACAUCCUACUACCCGGAUGUCGUAAACUACGAACACAUUCAGGAGAUUUAUUUAGGGAUAUAUUGGCUCGCUAUGAGCAAUUCGAUGUACAAUCCCAUCAUUUACUGUUGGAUGAACUCCAAAUUCCGAAGAGGAUUCAAGCAGUUAUUCUGGUGUUGCGGUUUUGGCUAUCGCGGAAUUGCCAGACACCGAGCAUUUGGACCAGACAGAUAUGAUAUGUCCAUGCGAUCUGUUUCACCGAGCCGUAAAAAUGGCACAAGUAUAUUCAAGACAACAUUCGAAACGACAAAGUCACAAAAAUUACCAUCAAGCUCUCCUCAUUUGCUACAUGCAAAUAAAUUACGUAAGGAGACAUAA